AUGGCUGGAUCAUUAUCUGAUAACCCGAGGGGCAGGCAAGCGGUCGAGAUCUCUUCUGUCUUCACUGGUUUGGCUCUCAUCACCGUCGUCCUUCGACUGUACACGCGCUUUUUUAUAAUUCGCUGCGUGGGUAUCGAAGAUGCCGGCAUCGCUCUCGCAAUGCUCUGCUCCAUUGGCCUGACAAUCGCCAUUGGUAUCCAGGCCGAAUAUGGUAUGGGCAGACACAUCAAAACAAUCCCAGACGAUCAUAUGGUCAAGUUCUUGAGGACAUUCUGGUCCAGUCUCAUCGUAUACUACCUGUCGCUCGGGUUGACCAAAGGAUCAAUGCUCCUCCAAUAUCGACGCAUCUUCCCGACCAAGAAGUUUCAAAUCGCGAACUGGCUCACGAUGGCCGUUGUCGUCGCCUACACCAUCUGGACAGUCUUCUCCAGUAUCUUCACCUGUACACCCGUACGAGCCUUCUGGACUCACGAGAAGUCUACUUGUCUUAACCAAUUCGCCGUCUGGUUCACGAACGCCGCCAUCAACAUCCUUACCGAUUUCGCAAUCAUCCUUCUUCCUAUUCCGGUCAUCCAGAAGUUAAACCUCGGCAAGAGGCAGAAGAUUGGACUCAUCUCCAUCUUCGCAGUUGGCGGAUUGUGA